AUGUUCAGACAUUGGAAGAAAAUGUUAGGGUUAGGAAUGGCUGGCUAUGCAGGAUACGACUAUACUACAAGAGAAAAAAUAAUGUGGCGUAAUUUACGUACUCUCAAAGCUGGUGCAGUUAUACUCAUAAAUUAUAAAUGGCGUUUUAGCCCAGAGAAUGUAGAAUAAAUUCACGAAGAAACUGCAGAGGAGCUAUAUAAUAUGUGUAGGGAAAACGAUGGUCUGUAUGUGAAAUUUGGUUAAGCAGUUGCUGCAAGCGAGCAUAUGCUUCCACCUUCAUAUUUUAAAUGGUUUUCAUUACUUUAAGAUAAGGCUAAAGCAGUAGAAUAUGAGGCUGUGAGAAAGAUUAUAAAAGAAGAUUUAGGUAGUAAUCCAGAAGAUAUAUUUGAAGAAUUCGAAUAGGAGCCUGUAGCAAGUGCAAGUAUUGCCCAAGUUCAUCGUGCAAAGCUCAAAACAGGCGAAACUGUAGCUGUGAAGAUUCAAAAGCCAAACAUUUAAAAAUAAUUUGGUUAUGAUAUGUUUAUGCAUAAAUUAUUCUUGUAAGUACUUGAGUAUGCGUUUGAUCUACCCUUAACUCCAUUCCAUGAGUCAAUAGAAGAAAACUUAGCUAAAGAAAUAGAUUUUAACAUAGAGGCAGAAAACUCGAAGAAGUGCAAAAUUUUAUUUUAAAAAUUAGGAAGAAAGGAGAUUUAUGUUCCAAAUAUAUACGAUCAAUACACUUCAAAACGUACUUUAGUGAUGGAAUGGAUAGAUGGAAUUAAAAUAACAGAAGAAUCUUAGUUAGUCUAGCAAGGCUAUGAUAUCAAAGGGAUCCUCAAUUCAAUCAUAGAAGCUUUUGCUGAAUAAAUUUUCAUUACAGGAUUUACUCAUGCUGAUCCUCAUCCAGGAAAUCUGCUUGUGAGAAGAAAUCCUCAAGACACAUAAAAACAAUAAAUAGUUUUAUUAGAUUACGGCCUGUGCUUUUAAGUUUCUGAAAAUUUUAGGUUAUAGUAUUGUAGUUUAUGGAAAAGUCUAUUCUUAUAGGAUAGUUAGGCUCUGAAAGAUAUAGUUAAGCAAUGGGGUAUUUAAGAUGAUGAAUAAUUUGCUAGCUUUUAACUAAUGCGUCCCUAUAACAAAAACAAACCAUUAACUGAUAAAAUUUCAAAAGAAGAUGUUUAUAAUUUACAGAUGAAAUUUAAAGGAGAUUUUAAAAAGAUGCUUGGUGAUACAAACAAAUUUCCAAAAGACUUAUUAUUUAUCAAUAGGAACAUGAACUUAGUUAGAAGUAUUAACAAAAAAUUAGGAUCACAAGUUAACCGUAUAAAUUUGAUGGCAAAAUACUCAGUCAAAGGUCUUCACGAAGAUACAAACACACUAAAAAAGAAAUUUAACUUGAUUUGGUUUGAAACUCGCUUGAUGUUUUCUUCAAUUUUCUAUAAGCUGGUAUAAGCUUGGUUUAAAUUCUUUAAAGGAAAAGGAUUUGAAGAUAUUCUUGAUGAAGAAAUGAAAAAAGCAAUUCAAUAAAAGUAUGCAGAAUAUGGCAUGGUUCCACCUGAUGAGAAAACAUUUAAUGCAUGA